UAAUUAUUUUUCAAACUAAUUAUUUUGUGAUAGAAUAAUUUUUAUUCUAAAAUUUGGCUGUGAAUAUUUUAAAAUAUGGUGAAUAAAAUGUAUAAGGUGACACACGAGAAAUCAGAGAAUCAUGGAAGCAAACAUAAUCAGGUGCUCAUGUCCAUAGUCGUAUGCAUGCCUAUCUUAGCCUAUGGUACCGCUAUGGGCUGGAUAUCCCCCAACAAGGCCCUCCUGAUGGGAGACUCGUCGCCUUCAAACGGACCUCUAUCCGAAGAAGACGUAUCAUGGAUGGCGUCAAUCAUGUUUAUAUUCGCCCCCAUCGCUGUAUUUAUAUAUGGGGUAGCGGCGGAUAAGUUUGGAAGAAAAAACGCACUGCUUUUUGCAUCAGUACCAAUAUCGCUCGGUUGGGCGGUGAAGCUGAUCUCCGCGAACCCCAUUGCAUUGAUCGGUGCGCGAGCACUGAUUGGAUUCGGCUCGGGAGGAGCUUUCGUGGUCUGUCCGUUGUACGUCAAAGAGAUUAGCGAGGAUAGUAUACGCGGCAUGACCGGCACCUUCGUUAUUUUCUCACAGACCGUUGGUAAUCUGCUGGUGUUCAUACUGGGUGACCUCCUCCCAUUCCACACGGUACUAUGGAUUCUACUGGCAAUACCACUGAUACAUUUCUGCAUUUUGCUGCGGCUACCAGAAACACCGUCCUAUCUCAUCAAAUGUGGCAAAAACGAGGAAACGGCAAAAGUUCUAGGCUGGCUUCGCUCCGUUCCUCACACAGAUAAGGCUAUCAGUGAUGAAGUAGACAAAUUGAUCAUCGAACAGACGACGUGUGAACCAAAAUUUUCGCCUAAAUUAUUAUUUGCCGAUAAAACUGCACUUAAAGCAUUCUGGGUGGCGCUCAUAGUGAAUCUCACCCGAGAGUUCUGCGGCUGCAUUGCUGUUCUCGUAUACGCCAGCCACAUAUUCGCUGAAGCGGGAAAGGACCCCGACACGAGCAUCGCCCUCUCUCCCAACAAGCAGUCGAUUUUGUUAGCUGUCGUCCAGAUUUUUGGAUCGUUUUUGGCGUGCCAACUCGUGGACCGCGUCGGGAGGAAGCCGCUGCUGGCGGUGACGAGCGCGGCGGCGGGCGUGAGCCUGUGCGCGCUGGGCGCGUGGUUCUACGCGCGCGGCGCGGCGGGCGCGGCGGGCGCGGCGGGCUGGCUGCCCAUCGCGGCGCUGUGCACGUGCAUCUUCGCGGACGCGUCCGGCCUGCAGCCGCUGCCCUUCGUCAUCAUGACCGAGAUGUUCAGUUUCCAGCUCCGCGGUACGGUAGCUACUUUAAUAAUGGCUAUAUCUUUGGGAACCGACUUUGCACUUCUAAAACUUUUCGCUCCACUAAACUCCUGGAUUGGGUACCAUUCAACCUUCUGGAUCUUCAGUUUUAUCUGCUUAGCCAACGUGUUCUACCUCAUCUUCUGCGUACCGGAGACGAAAAUGAGAAGUCUAGAAGACAUUUACGCUGAUCUAGAAGGUAAGAAGAGAAAGAAGAAAGAAAACGUCGUUGAAACUAAUCAUGUAUAGUUCCUUUAUUUUAAGUUAAGUAGGUACUUGGUUUUGCUUGUAAACUGACUUUUAAAUUCCAUAGAGAAUAAAUAUAGAAUAAUUUAUACUUAUAUAUAUUAAUACAUCAUAAUUCGGAUGCAAAAAAUAC